AGGUCCAGGAUUUGAACUGUAGUUGACUCUAAGUGGGAGUAUAGCAAUGUAACCAUUAUGCCAUCUGUUGGUCCCCCCUAGUCUUCUUUCUUGACUUUUAAGCCUUAUCUUAACUCUAAGUACAGUCAAAUUGUUAAACCUAUCUAAUUUCUUUCCCCCUUUUUCCCUUUGGUUUAUAAAAACAGAGUUUUACUAUGUUGUUCAGGGUGGCCUCGAACUUGAGAUCCUCUUGCUUCAGCCUCCAGAAUAGCUCAAACUACAGGCAUGCACCAUCAUGCCUGGCUUAUCCAACAUAUCCCUCGCUAUCAAAACAAUAAAAUGUCAUUGUAGAAGAAUCUGAAAGUAUAAAAUAUAAACUAAAGAAAACACUGAUGACCUCAUACCUAUCUAAUAUUAGCAUACAAACUAGCCCUACUUUUAGUGACGUGCUAAGCAUCGCCCCAUCUAACAUCUAAAUCGACACAUUCACAAACCUUAGCCCCAGCUUACCCUCUGCCUGCCCAAACCUAACCACAUCCUCCUUCUGGACUCAAACCUCAACCACACUCAAUCAACCAAAUCCCAAGUUUAAACUAAUAUGAAACUGUAAAGUAACCUAGUCCUUAAACCUAACAUAGCCCAAUGCCAAUUACAUUCCUACCCUGUCUAACCCUAAUUGCUUUCAUCAGUCCCAAAUGGCCACUGAAUCUUGAUCUUGGCCCUCACUUAAAAGCUUGGAAAACCAUGUUUCCCAACUGACUAUGUCCUUCCUCAACAUCAAAUGCUGGUCUCUGGACCCCUGGCAUUCUGGGUGCCCAGACUGCCCAGCACCAUCUGCUGACAAGCCCAACUCAUCAAAUGCAUCUCUCCCCUUUCUGUACCCUCUUCACCCCACCUUCCUAUUGUAGGCUGUUCCAAAGGUCUCCCUGAAGUCAAAUUUUCCUCCAUCCAACAUCCUUGAUGAGAAUCGGGCAAAUAUCCACACUGCCUCAAUCCCUGAGAAUGAAUGCUAAAUCUCCAUCAGUCUAAACUCACUCUCUACUUCCCAUUCCCCACCAUAUACUUCCCAUAUGCUAGACUAUAUCCAUCACUGACCUCCAUAAGCCAGCCCGUGCCCUUCAACCUGACCCUGGUGGUCUAACCAUGCAUGCCUCCGAAGGCCAAGUGCAUUCUCAGCUGCAGCAUCUUUCCUGCACCCUUCCCUCAGAGCAGGCUGCUCUCAGCUUGCUAGUUCUGACACGUGCUGUUUCCUACCCCUUAUCUCUUCAAACUGGGAAAGAAGGCUGGGGUACACCUGGAACCCAGGCAUACUGAUCCCCAGUCCCAAGGCCUGGCCUCAUGUCUCCAUGUACACAUACACAUGCUGGCACACACAUAGUGACAUAUAUGCCGAAGACUUUCUCAGAUGACACAGAUACACUCACAAACAUCUAAUAAAUAUACACAUGUCAAGCACACACAUACUUCCCUCUCUCUGUCCAGGAGCAUUUCUCCUCCAUCCCCUCUGCUUCCCAUCUGGCGUCCCUCCCUCAUCCCACUCCCAGUCUGAGGUGGGGACAGAUACUGGAGGGGCUGCCAGCCGCUUUCCCUGUGUGUACCUGGGCCCACCCUCAUACUUCUUGCCCGUCCUGUCCACAGGGGACUCGUGGGGGAUGUUAGCUUGUCUGUGCACGGUGCUCUGGCACCUCCCUGCAGUGCCAGCUCUCAAUCGCACAGGGGACCCAGGGCCUGGCCCUUCCAUCCAGAAAACCUAUGACCUCACCCGCUACCUGGAGCACCAACUCCGCAGCUUGGCUGGGACCUACCUGAACUACCUGGGGCCCCCUUUCAACGAGCCUGACUUCAACCCACCUCGGCUGGGGGCUGAGACUCUGCCCAGAGCCACUGUCAAUCUGGAAGUGUGGCGAAGUCUCAAUGACAAACUGCGGCUGACUCAGAACUACGAGGCCUACAGCCACCUUCUGUGUUAUUUGCGUGGCCUCAACCGUCAGGCUGCUACAGCUGAGCUGCGCCGCAGCCUGGCCCACUUUUGCACCAGCCUCCAGGGUCUCCUGGGCAGCAUUGCGGGCGUCAUGGCAGCUCUGGGCUCCCCACUGCCCCAGCCUCUGCCUGGGACUGAGCCCACCUGGGCCCCUGGCCCUGCCCACAGCGACUUCCUCCAGAAGAUGGAUGACUUCUGGCUGCUGAAGGAGCUUCAGACCUGGCUGUGGCGCUCAGCCAAGGACUUCAACCGGCUCAAGAAGAAGAUACAGCCUCCAGCAGCUGCGGUCACUCUGCACCUGGAGGCCCAUGGCUUCUGAUCUCUGACCUUUACCACCUCCUCUUCCCUCCCCCUUCAAACCCUGCCCCACUCCGGGAGGGAGAAACUUGUAUGCCAACACUUGUUGAGCCAGGUAACAGAAGCCUUGAGCCUCUGGCCCUCUCUGGACUUGUAUGGGAGUGUGGCACAAUAAACCCUGUCCCCUGCCUACUUCCCAAGGUCCUACAGGUCUGGAGAAGAGGUGCAAUAGGCCCUGUCCUGUUUCCACAGGGGGUGCUCUCAUGGGAAGCGGUUCGGGUUGGUGCCAAGGCUAUCACAACUGCCUGCUCCCUGCCCAUCACUUGCCUGAGCCCACUCAACCCCUUUAAUAGCACUUCCAGGAAGCACAUCCCCUAUAGGGCUGAUUGGGGGAUGGUACCAUAGCAUGUGCCUUUCUGGGGUGAAGCCCUUUGGCUGCUCCUUUCUCCUUCAAUGGGUGUUGCUUCCCUACCCCCAGAUAAGUCUACACAUCCAAUUCGGGAAACAAAUACGGUGGCAAAUCUAAACAAGAAGAGAUGGAGUUCAAAAUGGAAGGGUAGGCUCUCCAUUGAAGGUGGCCUAUCAACCAGAAGAGGUAAUACUGAAAGCAGAGGGGCAGGGGCAGGCCCGACCUAGGAGUCACCAAGGCAGCUGGUGGCACCAGGUGGCAAACAAAAGCCAUCAGGCAUCAGGACUUUGCCCAGAUUUUCUUGCUGGCAUCGUAGUGCCUCCUCUCCACCCCCUUUCCCAGGGUAUCUGUGGGUUGCCCAGGCUGGGGAGGGCAAUCAUCGCCACAGCCACAGGAUUUCCUGAAAGUUUACAUUGCAGUAGCAUUUCGGGGUGUGGGGUGGCAGCUCCCCCAGGCCCUGCCCCCAGCCCCACCCACUCAUGACUCUAAGUUUGUUGUAUUAAUAUUUAUUUAUUUGGAAAUGUUAUUUAUUAGAUGAUAUUUAUUGCAGAAUUUCUAUUCUUAUAUUAACAAAUAAAAUGCUUG